AUGAGAGCUGCUUCCUCCUCUCUCCUCGUUGUUGCUAGCGCCGCCCUACGGAGGCUGGGGACAAUCUCCUACGACGCGGGGGGGUGUGGUGGUGUGUGUGUGGCAGUUCUGCUCGAGAAGCAAAGGAAAAAGCGUCGGCGCCAUCGGAGAAAGGAGCAACCUCUUGGAAGGCUCCCUCCUAUUACGAGAGCUGCUUGCUUAAGCAGGCAGGAGGCGAUUCUCUUCGGGGGAAUAAAUCAAAGCGGCGGGUACUCUCUCCACUACGAGAGGUGCUAG